AUGGUCUUAAUUCAAACUACCCACCAAGCUAAACCAAUUGAAAUCAAUCAAUCAGCUGAAAAAGUCAUCGCAUUCAUUUUAGAUGUUCCAACCUUAGCUAAAUGUUAUCCAUUUGUCGAUUCAGUCGAACAAGUUAAACCAUCAACCUACAAAUGGACCAUGCAAGAACGUAAAGUCGGUUCAAUUCAAAUGAAAGCUUUCCACAUUGCUAAAUACACUAAAGUCGGUAACAACGUUGUCCAAUGGGAAAACGUCCAAGGUGGUAACAUGUCAAGCUUUGGUAAAUUCGUCAUUACCUCAACCGGUGCCAACAAAUCAACUUUAGCCGCUGAAGCCAACAUUGAAACCGAUAUUGAAAUCCCAAAACUCUUAGUUGGUUUUGCUCGUACCAUGGGUAACCGUGAAAUGGCUCAAACCUGGGAUGCUUUCACCCAAUCAAUUAAAAAGACCAUUGAAUCUGGUUCAAUCGUUAAAGUUGCUCCAGUCGAAGAUGUUGUCAAGGAUGAAAAAUUCGAAACCGUUCGUUUAAAGGAAGAAAAACGUGUCGAAAACUACAAUACUAUGGUCAGCGACUACUAUGAUAUCGUCACUGAAACCUACCAAAGCGGUUGGGGUAACCAUUUCCACUUUGCUCCAUUCAAGAACACCACCGAAACCCUCGAAACUGCCGUCAAACGUCUUGAACACCAAGUUGCUGACUCUGCUCGUAUCACUAAAGACAGCUUAGUUUUAGAUGUUGGUUGUGGUGUUGGUGGUCCAACCCUCGAAAUCUGUCAAUACACUGGUUGUCGUAUUCGUGGUCUUAACAUCAACAAAAAACAAGUCGGUAUUGCCACUCAACGUGCUAAAGAUUUAGGUGUUGCUGAUCGUGCUUCAUUCGAUCACGGUGAUGCCAUGAAAAUGCCAUACCCAGAUAAUACUUUUGAUGCUGUUACUUUCUUUGAAUCAACCUGUCACAUGCCAGACAAAGCUGCUUUCCUCAAGGAAUGUUUCCGUGUUUUAAAACCAGGCGGUCGUCUCUCUGGUUCAGAAUGGUUACAAUGUGUUAACCCAACCGAAAAAGAUAUCGUUCAAUUCAUUGAACCAAUUUGCGCUCAUCACUCUGUUCCACACAUGGGUUCACUCCAAUCAUACAGAAAGAUGAUGGAAGAUGCUGGUUUCUACGUCCACAUCGCUAUGGAUCUUACCCAAGAAGGUGACAUUUUACGUAAUUGGGAAAUUCUCGACGGUAAAACCAUCAACACUUUCAAAGCUCUUCCAAAAGGUUCAGUUGAUCCAACUAUUGAAAUGAUGAUUUCAGGUGCUAUUGCUCUCUCAGAAGGUGCUCGUCACGGUGCUUUUGUUUUAGGUCGUUUCUUAGCCUGCAAAGAACUCCCAAGAUCAAAAUUAUAA